CUGCGAUAAAGAAGCCUUGCAACCACUGCCCCCUCCACCACCCUUGUUCCCCCCCUGAACGGUAGUAGAGAGCUGCUCCUACCGAUUGCAUUACAAUGCCUGCUCCAGAAGUCCACCAUCUAUUUCACAACCCAAUCGCCGACCAUUCAUUUUCGUCUGAUAAGAACACCCUUGCGGUUGCGCGGGACAGCAAUGUGGAGCUCUAUCAGAGAGGAGGUAACAAGUUUUCAUUGACCGACGAGCUGAAGGGUCAUGAGAAGAUUGUUACGGGCGUUGACAUCGCCCCUAACAGUGGCCGUAUCGUUACUUGCUCGCAGGACCGUAACGCUUACGUUUGGGAACGAACGGAUUCGGGCUGGAAACCGACCCUGGUCCUUCUUCGAAUCAAUCGGGCCGCGACCUUUGUCCGGUGGUCUCCAUCCGAACAAAAAUUCGCCGUCGGAUCGGGGGCCCGCGUGAUCGCGGUAUGCUAUUUCGAGGAAGAAAACGACUGGUGGAUUUCAAAGCACCUGAAGAAACCCAUUCGAAGCACCAUCACGACACUGGCUUGGCACCCGAACUCCGUUUUGCUGGCUGCUGGAUCUACGGACUCCCACGCCCGGGUUCUUUCGAGUUACAUCAAGGGUGUUGACACGCGUCCCGAACCGAGCGCGUGGGGAGAGCGUCUCCCAUUCAACACCAUCUGCGGAGAAUUUCUGAAUGACUCCGCGGGGUGGAUUCAUGGGGUGUGCUUUUCCCCGAGUGGAGAUGCGCUUGCAUUCACUGGCCACGACAGCAGCGUUACGGUUGUUUACCCAAGUGCACCGGAGCAACCCCCUCGAGCGAUGUUGAAUGUCACCACCCGCCUCUUGCCAUUCAACAGUUUGAUCUGGAAUGGGGAGGAUGAAAUCAUUGCUGCAGGCCAUGAUUGCGAGCCGUACCGUUUCCGCGGCAAUGAGAGUGGAUGGCAGCUUGUUGGAACACUUGAAAACAAAGCAGGAUCCGGCGCCGGCAGUGUUCGGGAGGAGUCUGCCCUGAACAUGUUUCGUCAGAUGGAUCUCAAGGGACAAGCCCAGGUUGACACGCAGCUCAAAUCGGUUCACCAGAAUACCAUUAGCACGGUGAGGGUCUACGAACAAGACGGCGGAGCCGUUCGACAGUUUAGCACUAGCGGAGUCGACGGGCGUGUGGUUGUCUGGACCAUCUAGAGUAGAGUCCGGAGUAGUACCGAGUCAACGGCGAUCAGUUCACCUCCUGUAGUUAGUACUAUACAUACCAUACCGUAUCACAACGAGACCGUGUAUAUAUUACCAGGUAUAAAAUCCACACCGGUAUGAUA